AUGAAGCUGACGAUUCUUGCGCUGCUCAGCGUUGCCAUCAUGGCGCUGGCUGAGCAGUUCACGAACCCGGUCCUGUGGGAGGAUCUGGCCGAUAACGAGGUGCAUCGGGUGGGCGACACGUUCUACAUGACUGCAUCGACGAUGCACUACUCGCCCGGGGCCCCUGUCCUGCGAUCCUACGAUCUCGUCAACUGGGAGUACAUUGGCCACUCGGUGCCCGUCCUCGACUGGUCCUCCAAGUAUAACCUGCAGAAUGGUCAGCAGGCGUACAUCAAGGGCAUCUGGGCGAGCAGCCUGCGCUACCGGCCCAGCAGCGGCCAGUGGUUCUUCCUGGCCUGCAUCGAGUUCUCAACCACCUACGUCUAUGUGGCCAACAACCCGGCGGGCCCCUGGACCAAGCACACCACCAUCAACAAGUGCUACUACGACGCCGGCCUGGUGUUUGACGACAAUGACACACCCUACGUUGCCUACGGCAACACGCAGAUCUCGGUCUCCCAGCUGUCUGCCGACAUGAAGAGCGAGGUCCGCUCCCAGCAGGUCUACUCGACACCAUCCAACAUCGGCACCCUCGAAGGAUCUCGCAUGUACAAGCGCAACGGGCAAUACUACAUCAUCCUCACCCGGCCCCCGGAUGGCCAGUUUGUGCUCAAGGCGUCGAGCCCCUGGGGCCCCUACACGAUCAAGACCCUGGCGGACCGGGUCAAGCUGGCGGCCGUGCCGAGCGCGGGCUCGCCGCAUCAGGGCAGCUUCGUCGACACGCCCAGCGGGCAGUGGUACUACAUGGGCUUUGCCGACAUGUACCCCGGCGGGCGGUGCCCGGUGCUCGCGCCAAUCACCUGGGGCUCCGACGGCUUCCCCACGCUGACGACGGUCAACGGGCAAUGGGGCAACUACGACUACCCCGUGGCCCGGCGCAACGUCCAGAGCUCCCUCGGCACCGACACGUUCCAGGGUUCCUCCCUCAACCACAAGUGGGAGUGGAACCACAACCCCGACACCAGCGGCUUCUCCUUUGCCAACCCCGGGCUGACUCUUCGCACCGUCUCCCGGACCGACGACCUGUACGCCUCGCGCAACACCCUGACCACCCGCAUCCGCGGGCCCGUCGGCACGGGAACGCUCAGGUUCGACUUUAGCGGCAUGGCCAACGGGGACCGCGCCGGCCUGGCCGUGCUGCGCGACAAGUCGGCCUACAUUGCCGUCGAGAAGGUCAACAACGCGUACAACCUCGUCGUCUACACGGGCCUGACCAUGAACACCAACUGGUCGACCCUGUCCAAGGGCACCGUGGCCGCCCGCGUCAACAACCUGAGCGUCAGGCAGGUCUCGCUCCGGAUGGUGGCCAACAUCCGCCCUGGCGGUGCCGGGUCCGCGCAGUUUAGCUACAGCCUGGACGGCAACUCGUUCACUAACCUCGGGCCGACGGCGAGCCUGCACAACUCGUGGGAGUUCUUCAUGGGCUACCGCUACGGCAUCUUCAACUUUGCCACCUCGGCCACAGGUGGUUCCAUCAAGGUCAUCUCGUUCACUAGUGCAUAA